AUGGCGUGCACAGACAAUGCGAUGAGAGCCUUGUUCCUCCUGGCGCUCGUCUGCGCCGCGCACGCUGGGAAGGACACGAAGGAGAGCUCCUCCGCUCCUGCCAAGGAGGGCGGCGACGCGAAAGCAGCGUCCGGGCCCGGCGGGUCGUUCGACAUCACCAAGCUGGGCGCCUCCGGCAACGGCAAGACGGACAGCACGAAGGCUACGAUCCUCAUCCCCAAGGGCGACUACCUCGUCGGCCCGCUCAACUUCACCGGCCCGUGCAAGGGCGACGUGACCAUCCAGGUGGACGGCAAUCUGCUGGCGACCACGGACCUGAGCCAGUACAAGGGUAACUGGAUCGAGAUCCUGCGCGUGGACAACCUGGUGAUCACCGGCAAGGGAACGCUCGACGGGCAGGGCCCCGCCGUGUGGAGCAAGAACUCGUGCGCCAAGAAGUACGACUGCAAGAUCCUGCCCAACUCGCUGGUGCUGGACUACGUGAACAACGGGGAGGUGUCCGGGAUCACGCUGCUCAACUCCAAGUUCUUCCACAUGAACGUGUUCCAGUGCAAGGACAUGCUGAUCAAGGACGUGACGGUGACGGCGCCCGGGGACAGCCCCAACACGGACGGCAUCCACAUGGGCGACUCGUCCGGGGUCACCAUCGUCAACACCGUCAUCGGCGUCGGCGACGACUGCAUCUCCAUCGGCCCCGGGACCAGCAAGGUGAACAUCACCGGCGUCACCUGCGGCCCCGGCCACGGCAUCAGCAUCGGCAGCCUGGGGCGGUACAAGGACGAGAAGGACGUCACGGACAUCAACGUCAAGGACUGCACGCUCAAGAAGACGAGCAACGGCCUCCGGAUCAAGGCGUACGAGGACGCCGCCUCCGUGCUCACCGCCUCCAAGAUCCACUACGAGAACAUCAAGAUGGAGGACUCCGCCAACCCCAUCAUCAUUGACAUGAAGUACUGCCCCAACAAGAUCUGCACCGCCAGCGGCGCCUCCAAGGUCACCGUCAAGGACGUCUCCUUCAAGAACGUCACCGGCACCUCCUCCAGCCCCGAGGCCGUCAGCCUGCUCUGCUCCGACAAGAUCCCCUGCACCGGCGUCACCAUGGAUAACGUCAAGGUCGAGUACAGUGGCACCAACAACAAGACCAUGGCCGUAUGCAAAAACGCCAAGGGCACCGCCACGGGCUGCCUCAAGGAGCUCGCAUGCUUCUGA